AUGUACUCAUUUCUUCACUGCGAGUAUAUCAGAAAUGGUGAGUCAUUUAGUUCUGGUUCACCAAAAUGACCCUGGUUUACACAUCAUAUGUGACGUACCUGGAUGUCAAUCUACUUUCGGCAGAGUUUUUUCUUAUAAAAGUGACCUGCAGACAAAGUCAGCAAAGACAUUGAUAUCAAGAAGCCAGUAGCGCAACUUACACACAAUGUUCAGGGUUUGAAUGCAGAAGAAAGAUUAGAUCAGUUUCAAGGUAUCGUUAACCCUCAAAAUGAAGAUGAAACGGAAGAAAUGAAACGCACAAACGCCCUCUACCUACUAAAACUUAAGGAAACAAACUUUCUCACACAAACGUCACUUGACAGUGUCGUCCAAGGAACAACUGCUAUGGUGAAAAGAACGGUCAAAGCGUUGAAAAAGGAAGUGGAAAAGAAACUCGAAGGAGGGGGACUGGAACUACAGGAAAUCGAAGGUUUAAGCAACCUACUUGACGAGGAUCACCCAUUAUCGAAUCCCUUGGCCCAUGUUGAAACAAAGCAUCAACAAACCGUAUUUCAGAAAACAAAUUUUUCAUUUGUGGUAAGUACAAUUGUAAUAUAUAACAUCGUAUAUGGGAGCAAGCUCUCCAGAUAUAUUUAUAUAAUAGACCUUACCGUUUAUUCACUUUUGAACCAAUGGCCUCGUUUCCAUGUUUGCCUGUUUUAGCGCGGCAGGCCUGCACAUAAAGGCUACAUCCCAUGUUUCCUGAACGAAUAUGUUGCUUUUUAAUCUUGAGCCCAAUCAAUCACAAACCUAUCCUUAAAUGUAUUGUGCACGAAACAUGUGGACUGAUACCACACGAAAACGAGGCUAUUGGGUGAAAAGUGAAUAAACGGUAAGGUCUAUUAUGUUCACUGCUUCACGCGUGCGCUAAGCUUGUAGAAAUUAGCCAAUCAGAAAGAUCAUCAGUGGCGUGAAGCAUUGUCAGGGUCUUAUACUAUUGACCAAUACAAGAUGGCAAGCCUCGUGACAAGCAAUAGUGCCAAGGAAUGGUGUCAAUAAAUUAACGACAUAGCAAAUAAAACAUUUUGUAUGUACUUGGUAUAUAGUAUUUUUAUUUUUUUUUCUAAAUUAAAGGAACCUAGACGUAUCUUACUUGGUCAUGUAUCAAAGAGAAAACGAAUUGGAACAAGUUAUAGUGAAGUUUUGGUUAACGGCGUGUUUGCGUAUGUCCCAUUGCUACAAUCCUUAGAGCAGCUGCUCAACCAGCCAACAGUUCUUACUCAGGUAAUUCAAUAA